AUGCGCGUCUCGCUCAACAUUCUAUUACUGCUUGCUAUCUCCUUGCUAUUGCUUUCCACAACGAGCUCGGCGUUACCAAUCUCAGGCGACCGUACCAUCGAGUCAUGUCCCAAGGGUCCUCAGAGGCAGCCUUCCAUGAAAGACAGAGUAAAGCAAGCUGUCUCUAGCUGCUUUGGCGGAGGAAAAAUAUUUCUAGGUUACGGAGUUUCGGACAUGAUGCUAGCUCCACCGUGGUUUUUUUUUCAACAGGUGAAAGCGAAGACUUUGAAAGCAACGACAAUAAAUGCCGGAGAGGGUGCAGUACUUACACCGUUUGUGGACCAAUGGUAUGAUUCUAAUGCGUGUGCUGUAUAUGCGAAUAAGAAAAAGUUUGAGAAUGCGCACAAGCUCUUUGUUGCCGAUAUCAAUGUGAUUACAGGAUCAGUGUCUCAGAUUUUGCAGAAAGCAAAUCAAGAGCUGCACCAAACUGGUGAUCCUUUUACAAAAGAAACCACCAUCUUGUUUCACCGAAUGGCGGGUUCACCGAUAGGGCCUAUGCAGAUGCUCAUCCCCCCUCAUUAUCUCGAACCUCCUGAUAGCAAUGGCCGAGGUGACCUUGGGAUCAGUAUAAAGUGUGUAUCGGCAACUGAAUAUAAAGGCACAGAAAAAUUACUGACUCAAACAGUUGAAUGGGACAAGUGGAACAUCCUGUAUUGGCCUGAAGAAAUCAAAACUACAGUGUAA